GGGAUGGGAGGGAUGAGCAAUAAAGAGCAGGGACCCUGCACACAGUCUGAGAGGAGCAGUCAGGAGAAGGAGAGAGAGAGAGAGAGGGAGGGAAUAAAGGAGCGAAAUAAGAGAAGCAAGGAUCCUUCUGCAUUGUAUGGAUUGCCGAUUGGAACAAGGAGGGGCAUGUGGAGGGAGGGACGCUGGAGAUUCCUAUCAGUGUGUUUGCGAGAGGAUGUGUGAGGGUGUGUGUGCGUGUGAUUGGACUCGCUGAACCUGUGCGACGGUGAGCUGUUUGAGCAGUGACUCGCCUCAGCGCCUUCUCCUUCUCCUUCCUCUUCUCCUUCUUCUUCUUCUGUGUGUUGUCACGCUCAACGCCGCCUGAUGCGCUCAGAGGACACGGAGACAGCGAGAGGCGAGAGGGGGGCGUGAUGGCCGGACGCGCCCUGACUCGGUCAUGCAUCUCCAGAUAUCCUCCACCUUCACACGGGCUCCUUUUGGCUGAGCCACUCGUCGGUGUCCUUCCCGUGCGUCUCCGUGAGGCUGCGCUCUCUGAAUGAAUGGAUGCUGCUGUCACAACACACAUGUGUGUGUGUGUGUGGCUUGCAACGAGAGCCCAUGAUCUGGACCUAACAGCUCUGAGCGUGCUGUGUGCCAUGCUGCUUUAGGGGUGACACUGAUGAAUUUUUAAAGACUUCACCUUUUCAGGUUACAGCUGCUGCUGCUGCUGCUGCUGCCGGUGAUCACAUCCUUGAUGACGUAUGAUGCGGGGCAGUUGUUAUUCUGAAUUGAAUCCAGAUUUGAAGAGGAUGGACUGAGCAACAUAUAGCAACAUAUGAGAUGUGGGGGUGCUGCUGCAUGAAGAAAUAAGGUCAAGUAAAUAAUUACCAUCAGGAAUGAGGCAUCAGACACCAGAAUGAAGAUGUAUUUGCCUCUGUAGCUGCAUGCAUAUGCAGUGGAUGGAUUUUAAUUGGGUGUUUUCUAGGAACAAAAGAGCUGAUUGGAUUGCACUGAAGGUUGUCAGGAAGAGUGGAUUUCUUUUCUGUAUCCUGUGACUGACGUUAAAGAUCCGAAAACACAAAGAAGCGAGGAUCUUUAGGGGAUGGAUGAAAGCAACGGCCCCUCUGCUGGCGUAUCUUCCGAGGAGAAACUUAAUCUCCCUCCGCGUAAGUUUUUUGUCACAGUUGUGGUGCCGCCGGAUUCCUUCACGUCCCAACACGCUGGCAAACUGUCAGGCGUUCAUGUCGCUCUGUCUGGUUUCAUUCAUCUACUGUGUGUCCACUGAAGCCUGACCACAUGAGCGGAGGCGGCGCCCUGCAGCAACGCACCACCUACCUCAUCUCCCUCACCCUGGUCAAGGUAGAGGCUGUGGAGGGAGAGAAUGGAGGGGAGGCCAACAAGAGCAACGUCCAGGGGAAGGAGGUGGAAGCGGUGGAGGUGGAGGUGGAGGCCGGGUCAGGAGGAAGGGCAGGUGGUUGUGAAGAGGCCGGGGCGAGAGCGGAGGGUGAAGGUGAAGCUCCUGCACAGGCUGAGAAUGGAGCCGGGGUGGAUUUAGGACAACCACAAAGGGCUGAGGAUGCUGCUAUUUUGAAAGAGGGUGAGCUCAAAGAUGGAGAGAGGAAACCCCUCAGCCCUGCGAAGGAUAAACCGCCCUCCACUGUCGAUGUCCUGACUGAAAAGCAGCCGUGCAACCUCUCAAUCCCCUUACCUGCUGACAGAGUGACAACCCAGAAGACAAAGUCUGCUGACAUCGACUCAACACGGGUUGAGAAGACACUCUCCACCCCAGAGGCGAAGCAAUGUCCCAUGUCACCGAUGUCACCAUCACUGACCACAACGCCACCGACAGAGGUGAUCGAGCCCAGCCGCACCCCGACCAGGACCAGCCUCCCUAUCCGCCCGGUGGGACAGCGUCCGGUGAGUCUGCUCAAGUCUCACAGCAGUGCCACCACCCGAGGCCGAGACUCCAGGGAGGGAAGAGAGCGAAGCCCUACCUCCGCACAGAGCCUGGACCGCAAGGACUGCCGUAUGCCAACGCGCUCCCCAGGCCCCUGCAGGGCCUCCUGGGCCGAGGCGAGCAGGCCCGACGGAUGGAGGGACCUGAGGGAUGAAACUCAACCUCUAGAGAUUGGAGGUAGCAUGGCUGCAGUGAUGAGAGACAUCCCCAGGAAGGACAGACUAAAGACGGGUUCGGCCUCCCUUCCUGCGCCUGCCACGCAGGCCUCCAAGCCGGCACGCAAAGGUAAAAGCCGCACGCUGGAUAACAGCGACCUGAACAGCCUCUCUGAAGACCUCGGGCUGGCCAGGGAAGCCCAGCAAGCACAGCAGGGCCAACGAGGCUCCGCUAAAGACAGAAAGAUGCUCAAGUUCAUCAGCGGCAUUUUCACAAAGAGCAGCUCGGGGGCGGCGGGGUCAUCCUCCACAGCGCCUCCUGUUUAUAUACAGAGAGACUCCAGCGAGGAGGAAGUAAAUAUUGCCAACAGCCAGGAGUGGACGCUGAGCAGAUCCAUCCCAGAGCUGAGACUGGGAGUUCUGGGAAGUCUAAAAAGUGGCAAGUCAGCGCUGGUGAACAAAUACAUCACGGGCAGUUAUGUUGCAGUUGAGAAGCCCGAUGGUGGCAGGUAUAAAAAGGAAGUGCUGGUGGACGGACAGAGUCAUUUAUUACUGAUCCGAGAGGAAGCUGGACCACCGGAUGCACAGUUCAGCAGCUGGGUUGACGCAGUGAUCCUCGUCUUCAGCCUGGAGAACGAGGCCAGCUUCCAGGAGCUCUACCAGCUCUACAGCCAGCUGAGCGCACACCGCACAGACAUCCCGGUCAUUGUGGUCGGCACCCAAGAUAAAAUCAGCAGCACCAACCCCCGUGUGAUCGAGGAUCAGAGAGCCAGGCAGCUGUGCAUUGAUGUGCGUCACUCGCUGUUUUAUGAGACCUGUGCCACCUACGGGUUCAACGUGGACCGGGUGUUUGCAGAGGCUGCCCAGAAGAUUGUAACUCAGAAGAAACAGGCGGCGCUGCAGGCCUGCAAGUCUCUUCCCAACUCUCCCAGUCACUCCGGAGGCUCCACACCUGGAUCAGCGUCGCUGCCCGGCCAGGCCAGUAAUGGCCAGAGUAGCGGCUACGCCUACUCCCUCCCCUCCACCCCCGUGGUGGGUCACAGAGAUCUGCGGGUCGCGCAGGUGGACGGGGGAGGCAGCGUCAACUCACGUGCGUUGAAGAACAUCCCCAGACGACCUUCCCUCUUCAAGAAUCGGGACACCGACAAGAAGGCCGUCGACGGGAAAGGAGACCUGAGCGGGGCCCGGGGCGUUCCAAUCAAACAGAGCAUCCUGUGGAAGAGGAGCGGGAGCUCUCUGAAUAAGGAGUGGAAGAAGAAAUACGUCACCCUGUCCAACAAUGGCACGCUGUCUUACCACUCCAGCUCCAGUGACUACACGCAGAAUAUCCACGGAAAGGAAAUCGACCUUCUCCGUGUGACGGUUAAAGUUCCCGGGAAACGUCCUCCGAGAGCCGUCGCCCCCGCGGGCCCCUCACUUGUCCCCCCUGGAUCUGUACCUGGAGUUAACGGGCUGAGUAAGGAGCUGACCCCCGCUGAUAACACCAGUACAGUUCCUCAGUUGUGUCCAGCCACCCUCUCUGUGGUCGAUGACCGGUCUGGCGCUUUGUCACCUCAAGGCGGAGAGCGAGGCCUUCAGCGCUGCCCGUCCUCACUGUCCACAAAAGCACAAAGUGUUGAUGCCCUCGAAGGGGCGGCCAGUCCUUUCUCUGGAAAAGACCCGAGCCAGUCGUCGCCCCUGAGCGACAGGAAGAAGAACAGGAGGAAGAAGAGCAUGAAUCAGAAAGGAGACGCAGCCGUCGGGCAGGCUGAAGCCAAACGCAAAAUGUGGAAAUUAAAGAGCUUUGGUAGCUUGAGAAACAUUAAUAAGACAGAGGAGGAGAACGCAGACUUCAUCAUCGUGUCGUUCACCGGGCAGACGUGGCACUUUGAGGCUCAGAGUCUAGAAGAUAGAGACUCGUGGGUGUCGGCUAUAGAGAGCCAGAUCCUGGCCAGCCUGCAGUCCUGUGAGAGCGGCAGAAACAAGGCUCGGAGAAGCAGCCAGAGUGAAGCUGUAGCGCUGCAGGCGAUCCGCAACGCCAAAGGCAACGGUCUGUGUGUGGACUGCGAAGCACCGAAUCCCACCUGGGCCAGUCUCAACCUGGGCGCGCUCAUCUGCAUCGAGUGCUCAGGGAUCCAUCGAAACCUGGGGACUCACCUGUCUCGUGUUCGAUCGCUGGACCUGGACGAUUGGCCCGGGGAGCUCACUCAAGUCCUGGCUGCCAUCGGAAACCACAUGGCUAACAGCAUCUGGGAGACCUACACGCAGGGUCGAACCAAACCCACACCUAAUGCAACCCGUGAGGAGAGGGAGUCGUGGAUUCGUGCUAAGUACGAACAGCGGGCGUUCGUGGCGGCGCUCCAGCCGGCCCCGGGGCCUCAACUUCCAGGGGACAGCAUGCCGGUUUGGCUGCUGUCCGCGGUGACCGAGAGAGAUCUGCCCAGACUGCUGCUCCUGCUGGCCCACAGCACCAAGGACCAGAUCAACGCUGAACUGUCCGGGUCGACUUCGCCGCCUCGCACGGCCCUGCACGCUGCCUGUCAGCUGGGAGAUGUAGUCAUGACCCAGCUGCUCGUCUGGUACGGAAUCGACGUGAAAGCGAAGGAUAACCAAGGCCAGACGGCGAUGAAGCUCGCCAAAAAAACAGGGAGCAAAGGCUGCAUCGAUAUUUUGCUCCAACACGGCUGUCCCAACGAGACGUCCCCGCCCACUGCCACACCCAUCCUCUCCCGCCGCUCCAGCACUGCCAGCCUGGGCCGGACCAGCUCCAUUAGGAAGCGGGUGUCGUAGCGCGAACUGUGAAGAUGCUACCUACCGCACAGGAGCUGGAGACGACCCAAGGACGACCUUUGAAAAUGUGGAGCUGACUUUGGAGAGGACUAUAUCGCAGUACUAAGGAUUAAAUAAAAUAAAAAAAAUAGUUUCUGAAGACUGAGCAACAUAUCAAACAACUUAAAAGCAAUAUCCAUUCAAUUUGUUGAUGACAGAUAUAUUGCUGAAAUACUGUGUUGUUGUUGACCUCAUUUUAAGAUGACUCGAGUAGAACUUUGUAGCUGUCUUCUGUAAUUUUAGAGCAGACCCUCGACCUGCUUCUGUUUCACUUCCUCCAGAAGAAGUGCAAUAAUCCAGCUAUGAUGCCGAAAAAGCAACAAGUCGUAGAGCGAACUGUGUCGAUGAUGAGAGAAAGAGAAAGAGAGAGAGAGAGAGAGAGAGAGAGAGAGGGUGCUGCUGCUUUUAAUUCAAAUUUGUCGUGACUGGACCAAAAACAGCGAUUAUUUCCUUUUUGGCUUUACGAAUAAAAACCUACAGUAUGUCAUGUUGUUAGUUAUGUGUGCCUGUCGCAGCAGUAUAAAAGGUCAGUUUGGCCAGUAUAAACUGUUUUUUCAGUGCCGAAAUCAGCCGAGAUAAUUCUGCUUAGACUUUAGAAAAAUGAAUGGUUUGGAAUAUGAAAAUAUGUCAGUGUUACUCUCACAGGUCAAAGCUAUGGCGUUUUAAUAUACUGUAAAUGUAACUAUACUACAUACUUAAUGUUAAACUGUAACGAAGACACAACUGAAAAAUCAAAGACUCAAUUUUGUAAAUGAUUUCUACUGGUAGUUUUGAAAAUAUGUCAAGUUUUCUGUUGGUUUUUCAUCGUCUCCUAUGAUUUCUUAUUCUCUCCUACAUAAGUCAUAAAAGCAGAAAGCGGUAGAUGGAUGCUUUUAAAAAAAAAAACACGUGGCUCUUUGUUUAAAAAAAUAAAAUAAAAAAAGUUUUAUUUGGGAUCGGCCAGACGACGAUGACUGCGUAAAGACUAUGACAUUAUUCAUAUUCAUGUUACUGUUGUGUAGCGCGAUCCCAUGAGUUUACAGUGAAGUAUGAAGAGUUGCAGGCGUUGUCGUCGCUCCUGACACUUUGUGGGUUGUGUGAAUCUCUCAUGAGCUAAAAAGAAAUGGUUACCGGAAUAAAAUAAACUUUUUUUAAUUAGCAUUAUUAUCA